AUGGUUACUAUAGAAGAGUUGGUGGUGAACCACAUGGCUGCCAAAACCAUAGAGAACGUGUGCAGCCGUGAGUCUCAAUACGCCCAGGGAUUCAUCACUGCAGAGGUGGGACCUGCACUCUGGUAUCUGUUCACACACUCCACAGUGGAUGCACUCAGGGUCAGCGCUAUAUCUGCUCUGUGUAAAAUAACACGCCAAUCUGCGGGGGCCUUCCAGAGUGUGAUUGACAAGGUGGGAUUACCCAGCAUCCUCAGUUGUCUGGUGUCAGGCAUCAGCCGUGUCCAGCAACACAUGCUCACUAUGUUCGCUGCCAUGUUGGCAUCAGGAGCACAUUCCCACAGACUGGUACAGGACCGGCCAGCAGCCCGUGAAGCAAUGCAGGCCAUGCAGCAUGUCAAGAAUGAACAAAACAUUGUACAACGACUCUUUGCUCUUUAUCUGAGGCAGUAA